UAGGAAGGAUGGAGCCGUGGAAAAUAAGGAAAGAUGAAUAGGAGGGCUGAUUUUCGAGAGCCGGACACAGAAGUUCCAAGACCAAUUCCCCACAUAGGGGCUGAUUACAUUCCAACUGAGGAAGAAAGAGUCUUCGCAGAAUGCAAUAAUGAAAGCUUCUGGUUCAGAUCUGUGCCUUUGGCUGCCACAAGUAUGUUGAUUACUCAAGGAUUAAUUAGUAAAGGAAUCCUUUCAAGUCAUCCCAAAUAUGGUUCCAUCCCUAAACUUAUAUUUGCCUGUAUCAUGGGAUACUUUGCUGGAAAACUUUCUUAUGUGAAAACUUGCCAAAAGAAAUUUAAGAAUCUUGAAAAUUCCCCUCUUGGAGAAUCUUUACGAUCAGGACAAGCAUGGCGAUCUGCACCACCUGGGCAUUAUUCUCAAAAGUCAAAAUAUGCCACAAAUAUGAGUGGUCAGCCUUCUGUUGUGCCAUCUCCAGCAGCAGACCACAUAGAAAAGGAGAUGCUUCCUCCUUAUGAGCCCAUUCCAUUCAGUGCUUCUAUGAAUGAAUCCACUCCUACUGGUAUUAUUGAUCAUAUUGCCCAAGGACCUGAGCCCACCUCAGAAGAAAGUCCCAAAAGAAAAAAUAUCACAUAUGAGGAAUUAAGGAAUAAGAACAGAGAGUCAUAUGAAGUAACUUUAACACUAAAGACGGACCCCUCAGUCAGGCCUAUGCCAAAAAAGAAGUAAAAGUAAACAAAUACGGAGAUACAUGGGAUGAGUGAAAAAUUACAUCUUUGGAUCUGCUGAAGGAGAUCAAUAUACAGCUUCAUCUAGGUGGUCAUGAAUACCUGCAUGCCUUGAGCUCAGCAGCAGUCAUCAUAAACACAUUUAAAACUAAAUCCCGGGUUUUUGUGGUUUGACUUACAUUUUUAAAAACAGAGAUUUCAGUGUUUAAAUUGUAUAAAUGUAUUGACUUUGGGGAACUCUGAAUGAUGGUA